GACACGAGAGCAGUGAGUCAGUGGUGCGCGGGCCUUCGUGGCGCGAGGUCGUGCGCCUUGCUGAUCUUCUGGUUUCAUGCUCGCGCGUGCUCGUUGUACCUCGUGUGAGUGCGCGUCGCUCCAAGAUAAACUAUUCUUUCUUGCUGUCCCGCAGUUACAACACUGUUACACGUCGCUACGUAAUUCAUAUGUUGGACUAUUGAUCGGCCUUUUAUUCGUUACCUUCGACCGUGCUCAGAAGAGAUCCACGAGAUUCCACCGAACAGGGGAAGCGAUAAAGCGGGGGCGAAGAUUUUGACGGAUCGAUGGUAAAAUUUUUGGAAACGAGCUGGAAAAGAGGUUCUUUAGGAAGUUCGAACCCCUGUCCCAGUUUCCCCUAAUCGAAUCGCCUAAAAGGGCGGUGGAGCGACCCUCGAGGAAUUCCCCCGCGAGGAAUUAACGAAAUUCUUCGGGACAAGCGGAUACCUGACGGCAGUCGCCGGGAGGGGAAAAACCGAAGAAACGACGAUUCCGUUUGCAAAUUGGCUGAAUUAGCAUUGCAAAGGUUCGAGUGAGCAUCGAAGUCGGACUUUUCGUCGGCGACCGCAUCGGGAAAACUUUCCUCGCAGCAGUUAGAGUCUUAGAAGAUCUUUCUCGAAACCCGUCGAACACGUAACGGCCCGCAACUUCGCUCAGACAACUUCACGGCGUGCCGGCAGAAGUUCGGGAACGGAACGUGUGCCGAUCGUAAUUGCGAAGUAAUAGUAAUCGAGCCGAGCGGUCACUGAUGUCAUCGAUGCACGUCCAACCACCAUAAGGAGUUCCGAAGGCUGGUAAGUAUCUUCGUCGCCACAGGGGAGCGGAAGGGGACCAGGACGGUGGUGGCUCGGGUGCCAAGAAGAUGCGGGCGUUCGCGUGGCCUGGCAGCGUGACUCGUGGCGGACUCAUAAACGAUGAAUUGGCGGGCAGCGAUGUUGGCUCGGCCGAGAUACGCGGCAGCAGCAGGAGCAGCAGCGCCGGAGGCAGCUACGACGGGUGCCAGCGGAUCGGCAGAUUGGAAUCGCGCGAGGCCGGACACCACGGGGACACCAUCGGCUGGGCAUGUACGUCAUCUACCCGGCGGACGAGCUGCUACGUAUCUAUGAGAACAACCCGUCAGUACGCGUUGAUGAUCCCGACCGAGUGUUGACCGGGGAUCGCCGACCGAGCUGCCAGGUGACCGUGAUCGCCGUCAGCGACAGGAGAUACGAGGACAAGAAGAGGAAGAAGGAGAGGAGACGGGAGCGUGGACAGACGCGAAGGAGGAGGCCGAGUCGUAACGAGGCUACGCGUAGCCACGAGGUCGCGAAGAGCACUCGGCGCGAGCGACACGCCAAGACUAUGCAAAACAGCCGGGUCGGCGGCGCCGGCGAGGAUGCCGCCAAUCCUCUCAAGGAUCUCACCCCGCCGGGCCUCAACGAGCCGCUCAAGCAGCACAAUGCGGCCGCGCUCAAACUCGUCCAAACUGUGUCAGAGUUCGCCCAGGAGUUGGGCGCGGCGAUGGAGAGCCACUCAGCGAAUGUACGGCGCCUGGUCGACGAGUUCCGGACCAGGGCCGGCGACGCCAGGGUGGAUUCCGGAGGGAUGCGCCGCGUCUGGGAGAAUCUGUUGCGGCAGGUGCAGUCGGACGCAGAGGCUCACCUAGAUUUAGCAGCGGUUCUUCAACAACAGCUGUCGAGGCCAACGUUGGAGGCCAGUUUCCAUCGGAAACUCCAAUCCAGAAAGGUGUUUGCUCAUCGCGAGGCCUACGAGCAGGUGGUCGCGAAGAGCGAGGAGAAGCUGCAGCGUGCCCGCGGCGAGUACAAACGGGCGUACGCGACUUUACUGACAACAGAUGGCGGCAACGAACAGGAGCUGAAGCGCGCCUACUACGAGGCGCACAACGCGUACGUUCUCCAACUGCGGGCGACGAAUGCCAUCAACGAACGAUACCAGUCGCAAUGCCUACCGGGGAUCCUCGGCGAGAUAGCAGAGAUCUACGAGGAACUGUGCGGAUUAACUUGCAAGUGUGUAGCCGGGAUAUCCGAGGCGGCGGCGGAAUGUGCGGGGGAGCAGGCGAAGCGUUACCAAUCGGUCGCCAAGGAGGCUCAAGUCGUAGCGCCGUUGAACGACUUGCAGGUUUUAGCGAGGAGCCUCGCAGCGACCGCUACCCCUUCAAAGAAGCCUUCCAGGCGCCUGUUCGUGGCACCAGGACCGCCGGAACAGGUUCCCAUCGAGAGAAUCAACCAAAUACCGCCCCUAAGGGAUGAGCUGGCGCCGACAGGAGCCAGCACUCUGCCCAUGAUGGAGGAUCUACGCCGGGAACACGAUAAUCUUACUCAAGAAAUCACUAGACUGCAAGAAGCCCUAGACUCUUUCACGCGAAUGCAACGAAAGAGCGCCGAAAGCAAUCUUUAUACGAAAGUGGCCGAGCUACAGGAAGACAUCUCCAUGAAGCGGUUCGAGCUGGGAGAGGCCCAGCUAUACCUCGCAGCUGUGCAAGCACAGAAGGAGCUGUUCGGGGCUGGGGAGGCCGGUCAACCGGAUGGGGUGAGCGGCCGGAAGAUGUCGAAUGGCUCGACCGGAAGUACCAAGCACAAAUGGCUGAAAGCGUUCAAGAGCUUGAAGACGAGCUCGCCUACGACCCCGCCGACGGCUGACAAAGGGAAACAGGCGAUGUACCAUGCCGUCUCCACGGUCGUCGCCAUGUCCAGAAAAAGUUUGGAGUCCGAGGGAGGUCAUUCAUGGCGCGAGUACACCUACAAGAAGAUCACCCCGUGCGAUGCUUGCGGCCAGGUGCUCCGGGGUCACAGUCGCCAAGGUGUCAGAUGUCGCGGUUGCAAGGCGAACGCUCACACGGACUGCAUCAAUCUGGUGCAGCCGGCGACAUGCCCGAGUCUGCUGCCGAAGAAGAGCGGUGGUAUUCCCCUGCUCCGCCGUCAGAAGACCCAGACCCAAGUGGAUGAGACGCCGAUCGCCGAGCACAACGUGGACGUCAUAUACCAGGUGCUGAAGCAGGCAGGCGAGAUCCGUGGAAACUCGACAAACUCACCACCUACGCCUCCCACAGCAGAUCAUCCCUCAGCACCUUCGUCAGCGAGGGCCUCCUCCCACCCCUGUUCCUCGUCCACCUCUGCGCCGCAUAGCCCGCAACGUAAACGCGAGAGAUUAAAUCUGAGGAUGAAGAGCCUCAGCCUGGAUUCCCCGGAGGGCACGGCACACGUUCGGCAUCGACCGCGAGACUACUACACCACCGGGAGGGAGUCCACACCGCCUAGACACUCGGACAGCGGAAGCAUCAACAGAUUAUGGAAUCCGAUUGCAGCACCAUGUAGCCCCGGUCAGGGCCAUGGUGUACCCAAGCACGUCCGAGGUGCCAUCAGGAUGUCCAGCAUGGAGCUGCCCGACGAGAACGAGAAGUCUUAUUCAUCGGCGAGCACCUCCCCUUGCCCGUCGCCUCACACCAACAACCAGAAUCACAUAAAUCCACCUGGAAAACGUGUUCUACCCCCCAACAACCUCUACGUGGUGCUGUACAACUUCGAGGCGCGACAUCGCGACGAAUUAGACCUGAAGGCUGGUUACAAAGUGACGGUGAUCGACAAGUCGGAGAAGGAUUGGUGGAAGGGGAAGUGUCUGGGUGGCCGAGUCGGCUAUUUCCCUAGCGCUUAUGUGAUGCGAGUUGAGUCUGGCCAGAAGACUCUUCAAGUCACUCGCAAUCUGCAGUUAACCGACCAGAUCACUCUCUUACGUGAUCAGAUAGUGAUCCAGGUUGGAGAAGAGGUGGACGGCGUGGCGAUGGUGCGCUGCGCUGCGGACGUCAGAUCGGCGGACCACACGGGCAAGGAGGGCGAGGUCUUGUACAGGGAGACUCUGUGCCCGCUGAAGUAUCUCCAGGAGGUGUGACGACAGCCUCGCC